AUGCUAAAUCCAAACGAUGUUGUCUUUGACGUUUUUGCUGGAGUUGGACCAUUCUCUAUUCCAGCAGCUAAAAAGAAAUGUUUGGUUUAUGCUAACGAUUUAAACGAAUUUUCUUAUGAAACGCUGGUGCACAAUGCUGAACUAAACAAUGUCUGUGAGAAUUUUACAUGUUUUAAUAUGGAUGGCCGUGAUUUUUUAAAUGAAAUUGUAUGCAAGGAAAUUUGCUCCAUUAGUCACAAUAUUACAAAGCACAUUGUAAUGAACCUGCCUGCUUUAGUUCCUAGUUUUCUUGACAUAUUUAAGAAGAAAUAUGAUAACUUUGACAUACCAUUAACCCAAUGUAACAAAGUUUUUGUGCAUUGUUAUUGUUUCUGUAAAAGUAAAACUCCACAAGAAGACGCUGAGAGAUUAGUUUCAGAAUCUAUUGGUCUUGACAUUUCCACUAAUGCUAAAACCCACCUGGUGAAAAAAGUUUCACCGAAUGAAGUAAUGAUGUGUGUUUCAUUUAAAUUAUACUGGUUUGAGUCAAAAUGCAUCUGCGAGGAGGGUGAAACCUUGGUGACACGAAAAAGACCAGGGGAAGGUGAUUUUUAUCCUGUCAUUGUGGAAAAGUCUAGACGUUCAGAUGAAUAA